GCCUGGAAACCGGUCCGAGGGCGCGCGAGGGAGAGGAGAGCGAGCGAGUUGAGGGAUUGACACAAAUGGUCAGGCGGCGGCGGCGGAGAAGGAGGCGGAGGCGCUGGGGGGAGCCGAGGCCGCUGGGCUGCCGAGAGUUGCGCGCUCUACCCGGCCGCGGCCACUAGCGCGGCGCCGCCAGCCGGGAGCCAGCCAGCCGAGGGCCAGGAAGGCGGGACGCGACCCCGGCGCGCCCGAGCCACCCGGGCUCUCCCCGCCGCCCGCGCUUCAUGAAUCGCAAGUUUCCGCGGCGGCGGCGGCUGCGGGACGCGGAGCGGGAGACGGGGGAGCGGGCCGAGCGCGGCUCGGGCUCGACGGAGGGCACCGGCGCCGAGAAGAUCUCCCCGGCCGCAGGGGGAGCCGCCGCCCGCCGCGCCACCGCCAGCCCCAGCCGAGCGGCGCCAAGAAAGGAGCUGAAAAAGUAUGGCUGAGGAGGAGGCGCCUAAGAAGUCCCCGGCCGCCGGCGGCGGGAGCUGGGAACUUUGUGCCGGGGCGCUCCCGGCGGGGCCGGUGGCAGAGGGGAGCUGGGACUCUGGCCACCGCCGCCGCCGCCCCCCAGCUGGCUCCGGGCGCUUGGCGCGCUGGCUGCUGCUGCUGCUUUGGCUGCUGGAAGCCCCGCUGCUGCUUGGGGUCCGGGCGCAGGCGGCGGGCCAGGGGCCCGGGCCAGGUCAGCAGCCCCCGCCGCCGCCGCCGCCUCCGCAGCAACAGAGCGGGCAGCAGUACAACGGCGAGCGGGGCAUCUCCAUCCCGGACCACGGCUACUGCCAGCCCAUCUCCAUCCCGCUGUGCACGGACAUCGCGUACAACCAGACCAUCAUGCCCAACCUGCUGGGCCACACGAACCAGGAGGAUGCGGGCCUCGAGGUGCACCAGUUCUACCCGCUCGUGAAGGUGCAGUGCUCGGCCGAGCUCAAGUUCUUCCUGUGCUCCAUGUACGCGCCGGUGUGCACGGUGCUGGAGCAGGCUCUGCCGCCCUGCCGCUCCCUCUGCGAGCGCGCGCGCCAGGGCUGCGAGGCGCUCAUGAACAAGUUUGGCUUCCAGUGGCCGGACACGCUCAAGUGCGAGAAGUUCCCGGUGCACGGCGCGGGCGAGCUGUGCGUGGGCCAGAACACCUCGGACAAGGGCACCCCGACGCCCUCGCUGCUGCCCGAGUUCUGGACCAGCAACCCCCAGCACGGCGGCGGCGGGGGGUACCGCGGCGGCGGCGGCUUCCCGGGGGGCGCCGGCGCGUCGGAGCGAGGCAAGUUCUCCUGCCCGCGCGCCCUCAAGGUGCCUUCCUACCUCAACUACCACUUCCUGGGGGAGAAGGACUGCGGCGCGCCCUGCGAGCCGACCAAGGUGUACGGGCUCAUGUACUUUGGGCCCGAGGAGCUGCGCUUCUCGCGCACCUGGAUCGGCAUCUGGUCGGUGCUGUGCUGCGCCUCCACGCUCUUCACGGUGCUCACGUACCUGGUGGACAUGAGGCGCUUCAGCUACCCGGAGCGGCCCAUCAUCUUCCUGUCGGGCUGCUACACGGCCGUGGCCGUGGCCUACAUCGCCGGCUUCCUGCUGGAGGACCGGGUGGUGUGCAACGACAAGUUCUCCGAGGACGGGGCGCGCACGGUGGCGCAGGGCACCAAGAAGGAGGGCUGCACCAUCCUCUUCAUGAUGCUCUACUUCUUCAGCAUGGCCAGCUCCAUCUGGUGGGUGAUCCUGUCGCUCACCUGGUUCCUGGCGGCCGGCAUGAAGUGGGGCCACGAGGCCAUCGAGGCGAACUCGCAGUAUUUCCACCUGGCCGCCUGGGCCGUGCCGGCCAUCAAGACCAUCACCAUCCUGGCGCUGGGCCAGGUGGACGGCGACGUGCUGAGCGGCGUGUGCUUCGUGGGGCUCAACAAUGUGGACGCGCUGCGUGGCUUCGUGCUGGCCCCGCUCUUCGUGUACCUGUUCAUUGGCACGUCCUUCCUGCUGGCCGGCUUCGUGUCGCUCUUCCGCAUCCGCACCAUCAUGAAGCACGACGGCACCAAGACGGAGAAGCUGGAGAAGCUCAUGGUGCGCAUCGGCGUCUUCAGCGUGCUCUACACGGUGCCGGCCACCAUCGUCAUCGCCUGCUACUUCUACGAGCAGGCCUUCCGGGACCAGUGGGAGCGCAGCUGGGUGGCCCAGAGCUGCAAGAGCUACGCCAUCCCCUGCCCCCACCUCCAGGCCGGUGGAGGACCCCCGCCGCACCCGCCCAUGAGCCCCGACUUCACAGUCUUCAUGAUCAAGUAUCUGAUGACGCUGAUCGUGGGCAUCACGUCAGGCUUCUGGAUCUGGUCUGGCAAGACCCUGAACUCCUGGAGGAAGUUUUACACGAGACUCACCAACAGCAAACAGGGGGAGACCACCGUCUGAGACCCGGGAGGCUCGCUCAGCCCGUUCCCAGCCCUCGGCCCGGGGCCCAGCCACCAUUCC